AUGACGAAAGAAACGAUACUCAUACUUCUGGUGCUGGCCCUCUCAGCUUCAACAGAGUCAGCAAGAAUACUUGGUUUCUUCCCCAUGCCAGCCAGGUCUCACCAAUUCAUCUUCAGGCCUAUACUGGAAGAACUGGCCAAGAGAGGACACGAGAUCGUCUAUGUAACAGGGUUCAAGUAUGAUCAAGUACCAAAGGGCAUUACUCAAAUACCUAUCAGCGCUCCAAAACUUACUAGUUCCAAACAAUUCUCAUGGAUAGAGUUUGGGGAGACCAACAUACCAUUAACUGUUAUAACACUUUACGAGAUCUUUCUGUCACUCGCUCCCCACUUUCUGAGUGACUCCAGGGUUCAAAAACUGAUCCACUCAAAUGAGAAAUUUGAUGCUGUUAUGUUUGAAACUUACUUCGUACAAGAGUACCUCUCACCGUUGAUCCACAAAUUCGGAGCAGUUGGAAUAGAAGUUAUGCCUCUAGGAGAUUGCGCAUGGGUGAACGAACUCUCUGGACUACCAGAUAACCCAUCUUACCAGAUGGACUACAAGUAUCCCCAUACCAACGACAUGAACUUCUUCGAAAGGCUCUACAACCUCUAUGUUACCACUACUCUCACGGUACUUGGUUACUAUUACCUCCACAAGCAGCAGGCAGUGGCUGACACCUACCUCAAUUACACCGGCUGGGAGACCAGGCCUCCGCUUUACAAGAUGGUAUCCAACAGGAGUGUCAUCCUCACCAACUCCCAUUUCGCAUUAGGAUAUCCAACUCCAGCUGCGCCUCACAAGAAAGAGAUCGGUGGAAUAAAUAUCAGAGAGUCGAAGCCCUUGCCGAAGGACUUACAAACCUACAUGGAUCAAAGCAAGCAGGGUGUCAUCUACAUGUCUCUUGGAUCAAAUGUGAAUGUAUCGGACGUCGCCACAGAAAACGUUCGGGAAGACUUCAUGAGUGUCUUUAAGGAACUUCCUUACAACGUCCUCAUGAAAUGGGAGACGGACUAUCCUGGAAAAUUACCUCCAAAUGUCAAGCUCUCCUCUUGGUUCCCCCAGCAAGACAUCUUGGCACAUAAGAAUUGUGUACUAUUCAUAACUCAUGGAGGAUACUUGAGCAUCUCAGAGGCUGUACACUUCGGCGUUCCUCUGGUAGGAAUCCCAAUCUUUGGUGAUCAACAAAAGAAUCUAGUCUUGGUGGAAGAUGCUGGCUAUGGUAGAACGCUAAAAUUCAGAAACAUCACUAAGGAUACAGUCGCUUGGACACUGAAGGAAGUUCUUUCCAACAAAAGGUACAAGGAGGAAGCCAUGAGAAGGUCCAAGCUGUUCCGGGACAGAAGGCACAGCCCCGCAGAGGAGGCCGCGUACUGGAUCGAGCACGCCAUUAAGUACCCAAACGUACUCACACCUAAAGCAGCUUGGCUUUCCUUCGUACAGCUUCAUCUUAUUGAUGUCCAGCUCUUCUUAUUGGCAGCAAUAGUAUCUGUAUGGUACAUUACUUGCAAGCUGUUCGGUGCCGUUGUGGGACUAUGCAAGUCGAAACCCAAACAAAAACCAGAAGCCAAAAAGAAGCUGAAGAAAAACUAA